AGGUUGAUGAAGGAGCUUGAAGAACUCCGCAAAUGUAGAAUGAAAAACUUCCCUAACAUCCAGGUUGAUGAAGCUAAUUUAUUGACUUGGCAAAGGCUUAUUGUUCCUGACAACCCUCCAUACGACAAGGGGGCCUUCAGAAUUGAAAUCAACUUUCCAGCAGAGUCCCCCUUCAAACCACCGAAGAUCACCUUUCAAACAAAGAUCUACCACCCGAACAUCGAUGAGAAGGGGCAAGUCUGCCUGCCCGUGAUUAGCGCUGAAAACUGGAAGCCAGCCACCAAAACUGACCAAGUCCUCCAGUCCCUCAUAGCACUGGUCAGCAACCCCCAGCCUGAGCUCCCACUCCGGGCCGACCUAGCCGAAGAAUACUCUAAGGACCGUAAACAAUUCUGUAAGAACGCCGAAGAGUUUACAAAGAAAUACGGGGGGAAGCGACCUGUGGACUAA